AUGGCCGAUGUACCGCUGCAGGUAAUUUCAGAGAACGCUGCGUCUGAGCGGCGCAUCACGCCUUCAUGGUCAAUCGCCACCCUCAAAGCAAAACUUGAGCCCAUCACAGGCGUGCCCCCGUCGGCACAGAAGCUUAGUCUCAAGACUUCAGGAGGGUCAGAUGCCGUCCUCCUUGAGGCGGCAGAUGAGGACAACACCAGGUUGUCCAGCUUUCCCUUGGCACCGUAUGCCGAGCUGCACGUGGCGGAUACCCGACCACCCGGCGCGAGGCCCAACUACACCGACACAUCUGGGGUCGACAAGUAUGUGAUGCCCGAGGAGGAGUACGAAAAGAAGAACGACUCGGUGUUGGCAUGGAAAAAGGCCCAGAAGCUUGGUCGCUUCGACCCCAACGCCCCAAGCCACGAGCAAGCCAGGCUGGAAGCCCUGGAACAGGAGGUGCGCCAACGUGGCAUUCAAGUCGGUAGGAGGUGCCGCAUCGGCGGUGAGGACACGAGGCGAGGGGUGGUAAAAUAUGUUGGAGAGGUAAAGCAGAUUCCCAACGGUAUUGGACAGUGGGUGGGUGUUCACUUAGAUGAGCCAGUUGGAAAAAACGACGGCAGUAUCGACGGCGCCAGGUACUGGGGAGAGCCAUCGACUAUGAAGCAUGGUGUGUUUGUGCGUCCAGAGCGAGUGGAGGUAGGGGAAUAUCCGCCUAUGGAUGACCUCGAAGACAUGGAGGAAAUCUAG